CCCCAACUUCCCACCAUCUACUUUGACCCACUUAUCAACCCCAUUUCUCUCUUGUGGUAUGAUGCCUAAGAAUGCACCUCUGGUUUCGCAUGAAGAUGUGAUUUUCAGGCCUAAUGAUGCAGAUGACAAUGACUUUGAGUUGCCUGAGGACAUUGAGCCUUUCCUUGCAGAGCAGCCACUUGAGAACAAUUUAGCUGCUGAGGGUAUUGCACUAUGGUGGGCACCUGAUCUGUACAACUGCCAUUUUGGAUGGACAAGGUGUGCUCAGGACCUCCCUCUUGUCAAGAAUUGGUAUCUUGAGCAUUGCCCUCCAGGCCAACCUGCCAAAGUUUUGCCACCCAGAGAAAGCUAUGAUGAGCAAGAAUCUAUUCCAUCAGCUCAGGCAACAAAGUCCAUCCAGACAAUGAGACUGGAUUGGGUGGAAGCAGGCUUACAAAAUCUGAACUACCUGCACCUUGACUAUAACAUGAACUUGAAGCCCAUCAAGACACUGACAAUGAAAGAGCAAAAGAAGUUUUACUUCAGAAAUGCUUUCCAUCUCUACUGCGAGAUCUUGUGUCUUACCAAGCUUGUUAUUGAUGUGCAUGUCCAGUAUUGGCUCAGCAGUAUCAAUGUGUUCCAGCUUGCUGAUGCACUGCAGUAUAUUUUUGGCCACAUCAGUGCAUUGACUGGAAUGUACUGCUACAAGUAUAUGUUGAUGGGACAAGUUUGCAUGAUGAAGGGCCUCAAGCACCUAAUUUAUUAA